AUGGACACUACUAAUAGCUACUCUAGGCAGGAAUCCGCGUCAACAGCGGAGAAUACCAACACCGGGGCGGACGCAUCAGCGGGAGAGAAGGCGUGCGGAAAUCCCCCCCCGCCUGUGCCGGCGUCUGCGCCUGCCCUUGCGCCUGCCUGCGCGCCUGCAUCCGCGGCAGCGGCAUCAGCGGAGGGUUCUCCCAGUUCCGUCCGCGGCCCCGCGCAGGACUCUUCCGGCGGAGCGCAGGCAGGCGGCGGCGGCCGAGGGGGCGGCGGCGGCGGCGGAGAGGGCGAGCGGGGUGAGGAGUCGUGGGGGUGUUCGGAGGGGCCGGACGAGGAGUUGUUGCGGCUGCUGGAUCAGCAGCACUGGAGCUUCCUGCAACAACCCGUCGAGGCGGAGGCGGAAGCGGAAUCGUUGCCUCCUGCGGAUGCUCAUGUUCCUCCCGGCGAGAGGGUUAUUGGCGAAGGCUUGGCUGCUGCAUCGGGUGGUUACCAUGAUGCUGGUCGCUGUCGCGACGCGCCGCACGACGUGUCCAUGUCGCACGCGUCGCGCAUGUCUUACGCGUCGCAGGGGUCGCUCAUGUCGCAGGAAUCGCAUGGGGUUGCCCUCGGGGUGGCCAUGGCGAGUGCGGCGGAAGCCAUUGCCGCGCGCAUGGCUGGCGCGCCCGGCCUCGCGAGCGGUGGUAGCGGCAGUGGCAGUAGGACGGCUGGAGCAGGCUUGGGUAUGGUCGAGGAAGGCUGGGCGGGUGGGGCAGGUGCAGGCGCAGGGGCAGGGGGAGGGGCAGGGGAAGGGGCGGGCGCAGGGGCAGGUGGGGGUGGUAACCGCAGCCGCGCCAGACCUGCCGCUACUGUUGGUGGUGGGCUUACAGCUGGCCGCCACACGCGACACGCCAGCUGGCAGCUGGGCGGGUCGGGCUCGCUUGUCUCCACUCUCGUGCUCACGCCUCAGGGCGUGGCUCUUGGCGGCAGCGUGACCGGCAGUGGCGGCGGUGGCGGCGGUGGCGGCGGUGGCGGCGGUGGGGGAGGGUGGGGGGGAGAAGGGAUGGGAGGGGGGGGAGCUGCUGGUGGCAGUGGUAACCGGGCCGGUGUUACUGGUGUGCCUUUUUCGCGAAUGGGUUCUGCUCGCACUGCGGAAUCAGGAGGAGGAGGAGCAGCGGUGAUACUGCCAGCUGGACAGGGCGGCACAGGAUGGAGGCAGCGGGACGGCCGGAUUUUAAGGAAGAGAUGUGCCACGUGGACAGGAGGCGAGACGUCAGAUGAUGUGAGCGUAGGGGCGAUGGACGGUGGGGGUGCGCUGUUCGGGCUUUCGGGGAUGGCUGGGGCAGGCGGACGGGUUAGCGGCAUGGAAGGUGCUACUGCUACUACUGCUGCUGCUUUCGUUGGUGCUGGUAGUGGGGCAGGGGUUGAUGGUAGGAAGGCAUGGGUUUCUGGUGGUCGAGGGAUGGUGGGUGGUGAUGAAAGGAGGGGGAGCUGGGAGGAGCUACAGCUGCUGCUACAGGAGAGGGACCAAGGGUUGAGUCACCAGCAGAUGAUUCUGCGGCAGCUGCUGCUGCAGCAGCAACGGGACUUUCAACAGCAGCAGGCGAAACAGCAGCAGGGGGGGCAGCAGGGGCAGGAGAUGCGGGUUGCUGAGAGGCCGUCUCUCCCUCCCUCUGUCUCUGCUGCGUCAAUGGCAGCCGCUGCAGCUGCAGCAGGGGGCAGGGGAGCAGCAGCAGGGGCAUGUGGCACUGCUGUUGGCAGCGGGAGGAGUGGCAUGCCAGGGCAUGGCCUCCCUUCCCUCUCACACAUGCACCCGCCUCUCUCUCGCUCCAUGUCCGAACCCCUCCCCCUCCACCUCUUCAGCUCCUCCUCCUCCGCCACCUCCCCGCUCCCCCACCCCUACGCGUCGUCUCUCACUCCUCCCUCCUCCUGUUCGUCUAUCCCCAUUGCAGCCUCCUACUCUCCUGUAACACCAGGUGCAUCGAGAGAAACAGCAGCAGCAGCAGCAGCAGCAGCAGCAGCAGCAGCAGCAGCUUGUAGGCCCUUCCACGCUAGUGCAUCUGCUGCAACCAUCCCCAACGUCCCGAUAUCCCCAAGGGGACUUCUCACCCCCCCACCAGGCGUACCCUCCGCCCCCGCCGCCUCCCACUCCUCAUCCUCCUCCUCCUCGCCCUCCCUUAAUAAUUCCUCUGAGCGCCAUCAAGCCCUGCAGCUGCUGCUCUCUCAGAGACCGGAACUGGGCCGGUUUUAUAAUGCCGACAGGGUGGGGGCGAAUGUGGGUGGGUGUGUGCGAGAGGGAGUGGGGGGUAACCAGGGGAGGCAACAGGCAGGAGGGCAGACGGGAGCAGGGGAGAGUGGAGACUGGUAUGAGAUGAAUGUGGCUGUUCAACUGGCUGCUGCCGCUGCUACAGCUGCUGCUGCUGGAGGAGGAGGGGGUGCUAGGGGGCCAGGCAGUGGCAGCCGCAGUGGCAGCAGGGAGGGGGUAGCUGGCACUGGCGCUGGUGCUGGUGCUGGUGCUGAUCUGGCAUCACUGCCUGCUGCUGAGCUGGCAGAGCUGAUGGCGGGACGAGGGGGGGGAAGGCAUGGGUUGAGUAGUGUUCCUGGCUCCACGUUUGCAUUGUUACUGCAGCACAAGCAACAGCAGCUGCAACAGGAGCAGCAACAGCAGCAACAGGAACAGCGGCAACAACAGCUGCAGCAGCAGCUGCAGGCACAGCUUGGGAGUGCGAGUGCAAGAGACAAGGUGGGGAUGGAAGUGGCCAUGGCAGGGGCCAGUACACCACACUCUUUGGCCCUUCAGCAGCAUUUAGAAGCGAAGAUUCGAGCGAGACUGACAGCAGCAUCAGGAGCCAAGCUGGCCGAUGUGGGUGCAGGGACGGCAAUGGCACUGUACAUGGGCAUGGGGCAGCAGAAAGGUUGCGAGCAGGCAGACAUGGGAGUAACAGGAGGGCAGGCACAGCUUAGAAUGGCUCUCAUGCAGCAGAUUGUGCAGCAGCAGAAGAAACAGCAGCAGCAGGAGCAAGAGCAGGUGGAGAGGGAGUCCACACAUGCUGACCUUAAGGCAAUGCUGUUGAUGCAUAUGGAGCAGCGGCAGCAGCAGCAGCAGCAGCAGCAGCAGCAGCAGCAGCAGCAGCAGCAGCAGCAGCAGCAACAGCAGCGACAGCAGCGACAGCAGCAGGCUGCAACUGCCGGUGCAAGUGACGCUCCUCCAGCAGCCGCGUUUGCAGCAGCAGCAGCGAUUGCAGGAAGCACGAGUGCAGCGCUGUCUCCGUUGCUAGAGGGAAAACAUGGUGUUGGUGGGACGCAUGCACAACUAUCUUCUGCUACUGUUGCUGCUGUUGCGUCUCAAUUUGCAGCUGAGCAGCGGGGAGGGGGCAUGCAUGUAGCAGGAGCCUUGACCAAUUCUGCUGUAGAGUGA